AUGUUGCUCAACGAGCUCUUUCUUAUACUCCGCACUUACUGGCCUCUCCUCCUAGCCAGUGGUAUAGUGAUACACUAUAUCCGUAACAAGUACCAUAAUGGUCUGAACAAAUACCCUGGACACCCAUUAGCAGCGUACACGAACUGGUGGAGAUUUUUCGACGCAUUGGGUCGCAAAGCUGAGAAGACACAUCUCGAUCUCCACAAGAAGCAUGGCGACAUUGUACGACUGGGUCCCAAUGUCCUAUCUUUCGCCGACCCAAGAGCAAUCAAGAUUAUAUAUGGCCUGAACAAGGGCAUGGUGAAGUCGGAUUUCUAUCCGGUUCAGCAGGCAGUAGCAAAGGGACAAAGAUUGCAGUCUCUGUUCAGCACUGUGGAUGAGGACUACCAUGCGAAGUACCGACGAUGCAUUAAUAGCGCUUUCGCCAUGUCCUCGCUUGUCGGGUACGAGCCGCUCGUGGACAGUACCACAGACGCCUUCAUCGAUCAGACUGAGCAGAGAUACUCGAGCAAUGGCCGAGUGUGCAACUUCGCGAAGUGGCUGCAGUUCUUCGCCUUUGAUGUCGUCGGCGAAUUGACCUGGAGCAAAAGAAUAGGCUUUGUCGAGCGCGACGAAGACGUAGAUGGUAUCGUCAAAUUCAUCGGCGACUUCUUAAGCUACGCAGGUCCCAUUGGCCAACAGCCUUUCCUCGACCUCCUCUUCGAAAAGAACCCAAUCAAGCUCCAGCUGCAAAAGCUAGGCAUAAGCAAAUACAUCUUCCCCGUCACCCGCUUCGCGAAUGCACAGUCCGCGACGCGAGAAGCAGAGAUGGCGAAGAUAAGAGAGACUGGUAUCGUCAACCAGCCCGACGGCCGUGGUAUCGAUCUUCUCACCAAGUUCAACCUGGCUCAACGCGAUCACCCCGAAUUCAUGACAGAUCGACAAGUCCUCGCCUCUUGCACGAGUAUGAUCUUCGCUGGCUCGGAAACUACGGCUAUCAGUUUGAGCAGUAUCUUCUAUAAUCUCGUCAAGCAUCCAAGAGUCUACAAGAAGCUGAUGGAAGAACUGGAUGAAGCGGCAAUGAACGGUAUCAUUACCGAACGAGAACGCAGUAAAGUCAGCUGGGCCGAAGCACAGAAACUGCCAUACCUUGACGCCGUGAUCCAGGAGUCGUUCCGCGUACAUCCUGCUGCAGGUUUAAUACUCGAACGUAUUGUCCCGCCACAAGGUAUGGAGAUCCUGGGCGAGCACAUACCCGGUGGCACGAUCGUCGGCUGCAACGCCUGGGUUCUGCAUCGCCGUCCCGAGAUCUUUGGCAACGAUGUGGAUGUCUUCCGACCGGAGAGAUGGUUGGAAGCGAAACCAGAUCGACUGAAGGAGAUGAAAGCUACUAUGUUCCAGUUCGGCGCUGGAGCGCGGACAUGUAUUGGGAAGAACAUCUCGCUGCUGGAGAUCUACAAGCUCGUGCCUACGUUCUUGCGGAACUUUGAGGUCGAAUUGGAGAAGCCGGAGGCUGAGUGGAAGCUGCAUAAUGCGUGGUUCGUGAGGCAGUUGGAUUUCAAUACUGUGUUUAAGAAGCGAUCGGUACCGCUAGCUGCAUGA